UCAUUUACUGACAUUCUCACGAACCACACACAGCCACCACCUCCUCCACCACCGCCUUCUUCUCAGAAUAUAAUUCCUCUCAACGCUCUCUCUCCUCUCUCUCUCUCUCUCUCUCUCUCUCUCUCUCUCUCUCAUCACCACCGCUUGCCUUCUUUGUCUUCGUCUUCUUGUUCUUCAUCUUCUUGCCAUCAACCAUAAAAUGAAACUCCUCGCAGGCUUCCUCCUCAUCUCCUCCUCCCUCUCCCUCUGCUGCCUAUUUCUGUCCAAGCUCCUCGAGCCCGAGUACUUCUACGGCGCGGAGUUCGACGUCCGUGUCAUCAACGGCUUCAGCACCAACUCCUCCCUCCCCCUCGUGAUCUGGUGCUCCUCCGACGACCACGGCGACAUCGGCGGGCGGGCCCUCCAGGAGGGCGACGACUUCAGCUGGGCCGUCCGUUCCAACUUCUGGGGCGCGGCGGCCCGCUUCCUCUGCACCGUCAAGUGGGACAGCACGAGGAAGCGGUUCGACGCGUUCGAGGCUGAGCGGGACGGCCGCCGGUGCGGCCCCUUCAGGAAGUGCUCCUGGCUCGUGAGGGAAGACGGGUUUUACUUCAGCAGCGACGAGGUCAACUGGAAGAAGGACUUCUCCUGGUUUUAAGGGAGAAAAGAAACAGUUUUGUCAGGUUCACUUAAGAAUAACACCUAAGAACGCGGAGGCAGUUACAUUAAAAUGAAAAUAUGAAAUGAUGUGGUGGACCAUAAGUGGAUAUUUAUCAAAUUUUGUCGCACAAGAAUCUGUCGCAUUAAUUUUACGAGCAUGGUAAUUUUCUUUUAUUCUAGAAAGGAUUUGAUGUUGCUUAUUAUACCAGAUGAGCAUGGACGAUAAUUAGCGUUUUUUUUUC